AUGUGCACUGAUGAGGCUACACUGAUGAGCACUGAUAUGCUGCACUGAUGGGCACUGAUUGCCAUGACUGAACACGCACACCAGGGGCAGACUGACAACUCAUGGGGCCCACGGGCAAUAGGGGAUCAUGGGGCCCCUGUGUCCUCACCAACACCCAAAAAAGCCUAUGAAAAAGCCAAUGAAAGGUACCAGGGGCAUCUCAUGGGGCCCCCUACUGACUCUGGGCCCCUCGGGCAGUGCCCGAGUGUUCGAAUGGUCAGUCCGCCCCUG